AUGUCUGGAAGCACAGGAGAACGUUCUUUUGCUGAUAUUAUUACCAGUAUUCGAUACUGGGUCAUUCAUAGCAUUACUAUACCUUCCCUAUUCAUUGCGGGUUGGCUAUUCGUCAGCACCGGUUUAGCUUACGAUGUAUUUGGAAGCCCUCGUCCAAACGAGUAUUUUACAGAGAGCCGACAAGGAAUUCCAUUAAUAACUGGCCGUUUUGAUCCUUUGGAACAACUUGAUGAAUUUAGUAAAUCUUUUUAG